AUGGUGCUUGUAUCUGGAAACGAAGUCGAGGAAAGCUAUGAUUUAGGAAGAGCACUCACAAGUGAUCCAUGGAUUGAAACAGCAGUGUAUCAAGGCAGGGAUGUAAGAGUUGAGCAUGCUGAGGGUACUAGCAUCUCGGUUUACAUGACAUCAGAAACCCGACCUCACAUGUUGCGUCACAUCUCGCAAAUGGAGUCUUUCGAUGGAAUCAUCCAAGUUGAUCGCGACAGUAACCGCUAUUUGAAUAUCUCUUUUCUCGGAACAAAAGGGACGUUAAUAGGGAACAUUUUCUCAUCGGAGAAGAAGGAUCAAAUUGAUAUGGCAUUUUCAGUCCAAGAAAAAUUUGCAGUAGAAGGCUCGAAACUUCGCGACUACAGAUCUAUAAUAUCUAUACCUUCAUCGGUAAAUAGCAGUAGAUAUGUGUGUUUUCAUCCAUCUGGAGACAUAGAGGGAGAAAUGUGCAAGUGGUUCAGGUGGGUGUACGAAGCUCAGCGUCUCAAUAGUUACCGUGUAGCUCACAAAUGGCAGAGCGGUAAAGGCGAGUGUGCAGGAUGUAAUGAGCGAGGUGUUGAAUCGUUCUUGACAUCACUGGACCCUCGCCAAUGGCUGAACGGCAUUUCCUCACCCGUCGAAUUCGCUACGAUGGCUGUUGAAAUCCUGAUUUUCGCUUGUCUCCUUUUCGUAUUUGUCGUCAUUUGCACCAAAUGUUUCAUCCCAUUAGUAUGCUGUUCAAUCUCCGUAGUAAAAACUCCUAAGAAGAAGUAGUA